AUGCUAAAGAAAGAACUUCUAACAGCUGAGAAUGAUACGACGAAUGGACCAACUGGCACGAUUAUGGUUGCAGAUAUCCGUUCUACGGAUGGAAAGUAUCACCGCAUAGUGUUUGAUCGGUCCAGGAAAUUCCUCAAAUUCACAAUAACUGGAGGCGCUGGAGAAAACCAGCAAAGUAUGUUGAAAGACUUAAAUGAAUUAAUUUCUGUAAGAGGCACACCAGUUACUAUCAAACGAGGAUUGCCGAUCGAUUUAAAUAAGAAUGCGAAACAAGUCGAUACUCCAAAUCAUUUGUACUUUUAUUUUGCUGAAAAGAGGAGAAAACGCCGUUGGCGUAUUCGUACAAUUACAGCUUUAUUUACUACUACCGCUGAUAAAAAGCUUUGGUUGGAUGUUCUGGAUUCUUCUCUUAAUGAAUUGGAGCAAAGGCCAAAAACAUUGUUGAUAUUUGUGAAUCCAUUUGGUGGUAAAGGCAAAGCCAAGAAAAUUUAUUCGAAGCAAGUGGCUAAAAUUUUGGAAAUGGCUGAAAUUCAUUGCGAUGUAGUAAUGACACAGCGUGCAAAUCAUGCCUUUGAUUAUCUUAAACAGCUAGAUUUUUCACAGUGGCGACAGAUUGAUGGUGUUGUUUCGGUGGGUGGUGAUGGUCUCUUCAAUGAAUGUCUUUCUGCUAUCGUUUGCAGAACACAGGAAGAAGCUGGAAAAGAUAUAUCUGAUGUUAACAUUGAUACCCUAAAAACGCCACGAAUGCGUUUUGGUAUAAUUGGUGCUGGUUCUGCAAAUUCGAUUGUUUCUUCCGUUCAUGGCACUGAUGAUUGUCCAACUGCUGCUAUACAUAUCGCGCUUGGUAGCAAAUGUUCGGUAGACGUAUGUACGGUCCACAGAGGUGAUGAUCUCAUGCGGAUAUCUGCAAAUGCAGUCUCAUAUGGUUGGCUUGGUGAUGUACUAGCCGAUUCUGAGCGAUAUAGAUGGAUGGGACCUCUCAGAUAUCAAUAUUCUGCCUUACGAACAACAAUCCGUAACCCUGCUUAUUUUGGUCGUGUGUCGUUUAGUUUAAUCCCGGAAGCUGCUGGAAAGAAUGAUUUAAGUGUUUUGCCGAAAUGCACUAAUCCAUGCUCUAUUUGUGACAAAAGUGUUGAAGCUGAUAAGAACUACCCGUUCCAUUUACAAACUGAAUUUUCUCAUAUUAUAUGUUGCGUGGUGCCAUGUGUUAGUCCGUUUACACCGUAUGGAUUGGCUCCGUUUACUGGCAUUGGUGAUGGAAGCAUGGAUUUAGCUCUGAUUCCUCGAAUUUCGCGGUGUUCCAAUUUGUCAUUCAUUCGAAAAGUUGCAAUGAAUGGACCAAAAAGUGUUUUGUCGAUGGGUAAUAAGUUAAAUGUUUUCCGAGUUGCUCGCUGGGCAUUCACCCCUGCUUCUUUGCUUGAGCAUGUGAAUGUUAAUGACUUCCUGGAUACGACUGAUGCUCAGGGUUCAUGGAAUUUGGAUGGAGAAAUAUUACCACAACCGAAAGACGCUACAUUCCAAUUCAGGUUGCACCCUCGGCUGAUAAAAUAUUUCGGACGCGAGGUUGAUUUGCAUGCUUCUACAAAGCGAACUGGUUGCUGGUCGCGAGAUUACCGAAAGCUGUCGAAUAUUGUUAGAGUACAAUUGAAUCAGUAA